UAUACGCGUGUGUGUUUUGUGAUACUGAGCUAUGUGAAGAAGAUGGCAUCAGUUGAUGAAAGUACAACUAACAAGGACGAGGGAGAAGUAAAUACUUAUAGUACCAAAGAUGAUCAAGAAGAAGAUAAGCAAACGUCAUGGUCCUUAGAACAAAAACAAAGACUAUUAGCAGAUGCUAUCAGUAUGAAAUCGCCUAUUGAAGAUAUAAAAUCAAUUCUAAAAUGUGGCGCUGAUAUCAAUGGACCCGUUAAAAAAGGACUACGCCCCCUUCAUUAUGCCGCAUACGUGGAUUAUAUCGAAUGCGUCCAUUUUCUCAUAGAUGAGGGUGCCGAUGUGAAUAUUUCUGAUGAAAUUGGAUAUACACCACUCCAUUUGUGUGCCAGGAAAGGUGUAUAUGGCUCAAUGAAGGCGCUUAUCGAAAAGGGUGCGUUGGUAAAUUAUUGCGAUGCUGAUGAAAGUGAACUCGCAGAGAAUGUCAGAGCAAUCGGUUAUCUGACGAUGGAACCCUUAAACUUAGCCAUUGAAAACAACAAUGUAGAAUGUGUUAGACUUUUGUUAAAAAGCGGGGCACGCCCAAAUCACCAGUAUUUUAUUGGAUACCAGUUAAAUGUUAUGAAUCUUGAGAACUUGGAGUGCUUGGAAAUUUUAUUAGAAAAUGGCGCCGACCCAAAUUCGUUUAAUAGAUGUGGCAUUUCUCCAAUAAUGAAAGCUUGUCGAGAACAUAAUAUUGAAGCAGUAAGAAUAUUGAUUAAACAUGGCGCGGAUAUAAAUGCACAAUGCCCGUCAAGAUUUGACCAGAAAUUUCCGAUACAUUUUUCAAUAGAAAGUGGCAAUAUUGCUAUAACUGAACUUCUUAUCAAAGAGGGAGCACAAUUAACCAGAUCAGAAAACUAUAGAUAUAGCCCGCUUCACACGGCUGUUCUUAAAGGCCGUUCGGAUAUCGUCUAUUUUCUGCUUUUUCACAAUGCAGGAGUCGAUGAAACAACAGAUGAUGGUUGUACUCCACUUAUGCUUGCUGCAGGAACGCAAGAAUUGAAAGAGCGUAAAGAAAUUAUCAAGAUACUUCUUGAACAUGGUGCAAAUGUAAACGCAAGUGCUCAGUACAUUAGCUACAUGCAUCCUUGCAUGUCCCCCAUUGUUGAAUACUUAAAAAAUUCCCCUUACAACGCAGAAAAAGAUAUUUUAUUAUUGCUGCUUAAGUAUGGAGCAAAAGUAAAUAUUCGCCCGGAUGUAUUAAGGUAUCGCAGACAGGACCCAUUCGGAAUACUUAACUAUUUAGGUAACUGCACAGACAAAGAAAUGAUGGAUAUACUGGUAUAUGCUGCUCAGGUUAUACAUAAAGAUCAUAUACAAAAGAAUGAUGUUCUGAGUCCAGUAGAGCGACGAUACCUUAUUAAACAUGCCAAUACACCAAGACCUCUCAAGCAUACAAUACGAUUGUUAAUUCGAGAUAUCUUACACGAAAAAGUACUUGACCGUGUGGAUCAGCUGCCGCUCCCAAGUUUCAUCAAGAAAUAUUUACUAUAUGAAGUGAAUUAGGAAAAUAAUUGAAAGAUUUGAAAAAUUCUACAUCAGUAGAAUUUACAAUGUGUUUCGCUUGUUUUCGUUUUAUACAAUGUGUGUUUUAUAGGCAAGAGGAUUUUGACAGCCAUGCAGCGAUGUCUAAACUAUACUGUCGCCGCGACAUAGCUCAGGCGUUAAACCGCUAUUUAUUGAUUAAGCAACCAAACUUUAUUUUAUAUAGUCUACUAAAAUUACUAAGUGAUGCAGGAUAUAUAAUUCUUUAAAAGCUUGCUAUGCUGUCAAGUGUUUGCAUUCAUAAUGAGAUACUCUUUUUUUAAUUUAAAAAAAAAAAGAAAUCGGAAAGCUAAAGAUAAUGUCAUAUAAAAGUGAGGCGUAGGAUACCAAGAUGACAUGCAAACUCAUAAAUCUACGAUUAAAUUGUAUUUAAGAGACAUUGACAACGCCAUGACAAAACACGAAAGACGACGAAAAGACACUGAUAACGCCAUGACAAAACACGAAAGACGACGAAAAGACACUGACAACGCCAUUACAAACCACGAAAGACGACGAAAAGAUAUUGACAACGCCAUGACAAAAAACGAAAGACGACGAAAAGACAAACCAUAAAACACUAUCCAAAACAAACUGCAAACUGAACAACAGGAACCCAACAAAAAGAACUGGGGAUGAUUUCAGUUCCUCUGGAAGGGUAAGCAGAUGCUGUUCAAAUUUUAUUUCAUCACAUUCAAAUCUUAAACCAGAAUAUAAAGCAUGAAAAAAAUAAUGGGACUUCAAGUUUUGCUUUUCGAGUACAAAAAUAAAAAAUGCAAAUUAAAGGAAGCUAGGUUGACUUUUUUCCCAAUGUGUUGUAAUCCUGUGAAUUUUGAGAAUGAUUCAAUAUGAGAAUGUCAGGCCAUAGAUAGAUGUCAAAUGAAACUGUAUUUUCUCUUUUAAGUGUGCGAUAUUAAUUACCUAGCAAACAAGUGUACCAUGCAAUGUGUUGUUUUUUCUUCACUGUUACCACUUUCGAAAUUGCUUGGAAAGUUCAUAAUUUCAAAAUUGUUACUUUUAACAAAUAUUACCGUAUCUUUGUAUUCAAUUCCUGCAAGUGAAACCAACAUUUCAUAAUUGUUUCUACAUUUGUGAUUAAAUUGGAGUAAAAGUUUUGACCAAUUUAUAAUAUCUAUAAUUUUUUGCUGGGAAAGAUUUUCAGUAAUGAAAGUAUAACGUUCACUGGAAUCCAAAACUUCACUGUAAACACGCACAUAUCGAAGCAACUAAGAAAUGUUGGUAUAUUUAUUACCGUGUGACUCGACAUCUAGUAUCGAGGUUUAAAUAAGGACAUCGGUCACCAUCAAUUUUGAUUUAGUAAGAAUAAGAUCAGGCGAAUAAAUGUUAUCAAUAUAUUUCAAAAGAUCUGAAUUUUUAUAUAUUUGGUUAAAUAAAAUCAUCUAAAUAUC